CACUUUCAUCUGAGUAAAUUUCAAUCAAGAAAUCUCAUCUUUAAGCCACUAAACAAACACCAAUCAGCUGCAAGACCAGAUCGGUGAACAUCAAAGGAAAAACAAGGUCUGCUUCAUGUGCAUAGUUUCAAACCUAAAGGUCUGCUUCGUGUGCAGACACCAACCAAUACUGCUUGCACGGUUAUCUAUCGAUUCGAAGAUAUGUUCAUUCAUGAAAAUAAUUUAGUUUUCAGUUAAAAAAUCUUUUUUUUAUUGGUUCAUUUUCGUCUAAGAUAAAUUCUGAUAAGACUGAAAUGAAAUAUCCGGGAUUUAUAUAUGUGGUAGCAUUGCUUGGCAUACACAAUAUUAACUACAUGACACGCACUAUUUACAAACACACUUCUUCCACUCGUCAGCGAGACUGAAACGAAAAUGAAAGCUGUUGUAAAUUUGUUGUACAAUAUGUUUUCUUUGUAUGAUACGUAGAUAAGAAUGGAUAAUGUGUUGUCUUGUGCAUAUGGCCCAGAUCCCAAAUCAGGUGGACAUCACGGAGUGUCCAUGGAUAGGUGACCAUGUUUGACAGGUUGACUCCUGAGGGUUUCUAGAACCUCAGUUCUGCCCCACAACGAUACACAUGUGACACAAGUGGCCUCACCUUUGGCAAGUGAGUUUGUUCACAAUUGCCUCUGUUCACCGAUCAGUGAAUGGGUACCCGGUGGGAUACGUCAUAUGACUAUUAACCUUCUAGCGCCUCACAGGCAGCUUGGUUAUCCGGGGAAAUAAUGUCAGCAUGUUGUAUGCUCUUAAAGCAUGCCCUUGCGGCGUUGAGCUCAGUGCUAUAUAAGUGGCCACAUCAUGCAGUACUGAAUAACACCCUUGAAGUUCACAUCCUGCUUUGUGUUAUUUGCUUUGAGCUGCGGAGUGCGAAGGGCGUAUAUAUGCAACAAUCUGUUAUACGACUUCAUCAGCCGACAGCUACCUAUAUGUGACCAGUGUGGUCUUGUGAACACUGAGGAUAUUAUUGAUACUCCACCAUCCAUUGUAUGAUAACCUUUUGUUUUCUUUGAUUUGAGAUGAACGGCACUGACAGAAAAAUCACGUUUGGCAGGAGAACAGUGGUUGACAAUGAAACUAUGUUUGAUGACGUUAGUGCAACAGGUGCUGCACUUGAACAAUAUAGCGAUCGGGUAGCAUUGCAACUGACGCCCGUCGCUCUCUUCUUGGGGAUACUGAUGCUGGUGGGUUUCUUUGGGAAUUUAAUGGCAUGUUACAUCUACACGGUCAGGUUGAAGGCCGUUUCUUCUCGAUUGUUCCUGGUUGCGCUUGCUGUGUUGGAUCUGAUCAUGUGUAGCUUGUGCAUCCCAGUGGAGAUCGUCUCUAUACGGUACAUCUACCUCUUCAACCACAACUGGCUUUGUAAGUGUUUUGGCACACUGUUACUGUAUUGUUCUGUAGCCUCUGGAUCAAUCCUUGUGGCUAUUGCGGUGGACAGAUACAAACUGAUAUGUAAACCAUUUGGAAAGCAGAUGACACUACGGAAAACCAGGAGAACCAUUUAUCUUUGUUUGUUUGCAACUGGUAUCGCUUCCGUACAAUCAGGGAUUACGAUAGGGACACGGACUGUACCAGUUCCAAAUUCAAAUAUCUCAGGAUAUACAUGUGCAACCAGUGACGACAUGAUAAACACAUACUAUCCUUUGGUGUACAAUGUAGUUAUGGUAAUAUUAUUUGUGACGGGGAUUGUCAUAUUAUCUACAUUAUAUUUCCGUAUUCUAAUGCGGGCAAGAAAACAGAUGAAGUUUCGAGAAAAGUUAAAAAGGGAUAAGUUUGUGCAUUUAGAGGAUUUAGGUGAUAAACCGUUGGCUGACGCAACACAUCAGACACGCGCUAAAGAACAGGGAGAAUCUCACUCGGGAGAUGCAGACUUUGAGGGGGUGUCAAGGCAAGGAGGACGCUCUAACUCCAACGCAUUCAAGCCGCUGUGCUGUAGAUGGACUAGAGCAUUGUCAAGAAAUACCGAUAAAUGUGAUUUUUCUGGUGGAGACAGUCAUUUGUUGAGCAUACCUACGGAUCAGUGGACACUUCCGGCUGCUGAGGAAGCAGUCCAAAUAAAUGUCGCCUGUGCAAGACGAAACAUGUCCUUGGACAAAAAUGAUGGUUCUCUAUCAGAGAUUGAUCAGGUGCCAAGAGAACAAAAGGACGAUGCUCCAGAGCAAACGGAAAGGGCUAUGGCGUCGAAGACGACCACUAUGAUGAUUGUCAUAACAGUGGUGUUUGUGGUGAGUUUCCUGCCCCAUCUCUGUGCAAUGGGAGCCCGCUCUAUUCUUCAGAAAACAUUUGAGGACCUUGACGGAUCACCUCUGGUGAUGUAUCACCUGUGUCUUCGCUCGUAUUUUAUAAAUUCUGCAGUUAAUCCGCUGGUGUAUAGUUUCUUCAACCUCAAGUUCAGGAAUGAGGUUAAAGGUGUUUUUAGAAGGCUCUGUGGCAGAAACACAGGGACGUAGAAUAUAUAGCAUGUCAUCAUUAAACCGAAUGUUGGACUGGCAUAUAUCCUUUGAAGUGGUCCAUAUUGGAAUAAAAAAUAUCUGAAUCAUGA